AUGAACAAUACCGAAGCUAAUAACAACGCCCCCAACAACGUACGUGGUCCUGGACGCGGUCGUGGAAAUGGACGUGGAGGCAGACGUGGACGUGGCAGACGCGCUGGCACUUUUGUGUUUGUUGUCGAUCCUACCGUUCAGCAAAACACCACUCCUGUUAACAACGGUAACACCGAAGCUGACAGUAACGCCAAUGUCGAUGAUGACGAUGAGCCUGAACAACCAUCUUCACGGUCCUACAAUGUAUGGCCUGAUGUUGCUAUUUGUAUCCUCCUUGAAAUUAUGGCUGGUACCUACAGCUACUUGUUGAGAAGAAGCGAUACUGCCUUAAAGCAGCUUAUCUGGGUACAUUCGGCUGCUUUGCUUAAGGAAAAGUUAGCUGAGAAUGCUAGCACCGAUGUACUCAGGGCUUUUUUGGCAAACAUCAGCGAAACAAGUAUGCAAAGAAAGUGGGCAGAUAUGAAGCAGCGUUUUACCAGAGUAAGAAAUGCAGCAAGAGAAACCGGAGUUGGUGGAACUGUUCCAAACAUGCCUUAUUACGAAGAAAUUGCUAAGAUUACUCAGGAUGAUCCAAGCAUCCAGCCUGAAGUUAUCUACGAAAGCAUCAACAUGGAAGAGAGUGGUAUCCGGUCUUACAGACGAUUCAACGACGACAAUUUGAUGAAUGCUAUUGGAUCCGAUGGCCCCGAAACAACUUACUUGGCACCUACAGAAGUUGAUCAACUUGUAAUUCAAAAAGCAUUUGCUGAUCGAUAUCCUGCUAGAGAUUCUACCAACAAUGAAGGACCUGCAGUGCCAUCAUUUAAUGAAUCAGCAUCCGCACCUCCACCACCAACAACAGCACCAGCAACAGCACCCACACCAACACCAACACCAACAGCUGUACCAACCUCAACACCAACAACCGAACCACCAACACCAACACCAACACCUACAUCAGCAUCCGCAGCACCACCAACAUCAACAGGCGCAACACCUCCACCACCACCUUCAUCCACACCUCCACCUCCAUAUACAUCCGCACCACCUCCACCUCCACCUCCAUAUACAUCCGCACAACCUCCACCUCCACCUUCAUCUGCACCACCUCCACCUCCAUCUUCAUCUGCACCACCUCCACCUCCACCUUCAUCUGCACCACCUCCACCAAGAUCUACCCGUACAUCGCGAAAUAAUCGAACUUCUGGUGAGCAGUCUUCAUCAACUCCUGAUCCUAUUGAAGCUGCUCGUCAGUUGUCAGACGAGCAUAUGGCACGUGCCCGCCAACUUGGUGUAGAGAUGAUGGAUCGCAUGGCAGCAUCUCAAAGGGAAGAUCGAGAACAAAGACUUCUCGAUGUUGAUAACAUGUUGCAACGUAUCAGUCGUAAUCGACAAAUUGCAUUGGAAGAUAUGCAAGCAAGACGGGGACAAGAGACCAGAGAGAGAUACCUUAUGUUCGAAGAAGCAAGAAGUAGACGAGAGGCUGACAUGGAAGAGCAUAGACGUAGACGUAUGUCUGAUAUGGAGACUAUCCUGAAUAGAUUCGCAGCCAUUCGAAGAGGUGAUAGUGAUACCAAUCUUAAUGGUUCAUCUUCUACUGACAACAAUAAUUAA